AUGGCAGCAUUGUUUCUUAACAGUGUUCCGCGAGAACUACGAGAAAAGAUCGAGCAAGUGUGCUUUUCAAAUCCCCUGGCUCUCGAUGUCUUUGAGGAGCUUUACCAGUAUACAAGAGAUACUAUAGAAGUUAGGAAAAAGACCAAAAGCGAAUCAGUCAACUCUGAAGUGCUUGAAGAUUCGGUAAUAUUUCAAUUGAAAGAUGUCUCAGUUCUUACGCCAUUUCGCAAAAAGUUGAAUCUAGUAAUAUCAGUGUCACCAGUUACUGGAAAACCUACUCUUUCGUUAUCCAAAGAUAUGACACCUCAAUUAACUAUAUCAGAACUCAACAAGGGCGUCAAGUUUGCAACAUUUCUGCCGUUUCCCGAAAAAGCUAAUGUGGUAUACCUAUUCAUAUGUUACAAUCAAGGCCCGGAACCCAAUGAAAAUGAGUUUGUACUAGUGACUAUGAACAAAGAUGUGACCUUAAAGCAAUUCGUAACCUCUGGCCUUUUGACUAGUGAAGUGAACGAUUUCUCUUACUGCAUUGAUUAUAUUAGGAAGCAAGCUAUAUUAGUUGGGUUUCGCAUAUCCGAUCCAUUUUCUGUCUCUACCUCGGGGCCUAAAUCAUUCCAUGUCGAAGCUCAUCGGGGAACAAAAGAAGGUACACUCUAUUUCUUACCAGAUCAUGUCUUAUUUGGAUUCAAAAAGCCCAUAUUACUAUUUUCAUCGCAAGAAAUUGAGUCCAUUACUUAUUCAUCUAUUACGAGAUUAACGUUCAAUGUAACUCUAAUCACAAAAAAUGGCGACAAGUUUGAGUUUUCAAUGAUUGACCAAAAUGAAUUUACUCUAAUCGAUGACUACGUAAAGAGAAAGCAAGUCAUUGAUAAUUCAAUGAGUGAGGAAAAUAAAGCAAAAACCGCCCACAAAGAUCAGAAUGCAGCCGAGCACUCCUCAUUACUAGCGGAAGCCGCUCAACAGCUAAAAGGCGAGGGACAAGUAAGCGAAAUUCCAUUAGAGUCUGAUGAUGAAGAGGCCGAUGUCGAUUUCGAAGGCGAUAGCAACCUAUCUGACGGCAGCGAUAUGGUAUCAAAUUCAGAAGACGACGAAGAUGAAAUGGAAAACGAAGGCUCAGAUGAAGAUGAAGAAGAACAAGACGAGGGGGAAGACAGAGAGGAUAAUGGAGGAAGCGAGAAUGCAAAAAAAGUUCAAAAAAACGACCCCAACGUAGAAGAUGAAGAUGAAGAUGACCAACAAUACGCCUUGCCCCAGGGAAUGGAGAACACCUUUGGAGCUAACGAUUUUGACGAAUUAACGCAUAGUAUUCCGCUUACAAUGGAUAAUGAAGACGAAGAGGAAGACGACGAUUCGGGAGUUGAAUACGAUUAA